AUGGAUCAUUCUGAAGAUGAAGACGUGCCGGAUUUGGACAGUGAAGGAUUUUUCGAAGAGGACGAAUUUAUGGUUGACGAGGGACGUGGAGGUCGAAAUAGGUUUGAUGUUCCGGUUAUUGGAAAAAGAGAACGUCGUCGGAGAGAAAAUCUUGAGAGGGAAAAUCGUCAGAGAGAUCUUCGUCGUGAGAGGGACAGCAGUGAAAGAGAGCAUAGUGAGAAAGGUCCAAUCAUUCCUCCACAUGACACAAUUUCGAGUUUACAAGAAGAGGACCGAAAACUACUUGAAGAGAAUAGAAAUCUAGAAAGGGCAUUUAAACAAGUGGACAAUGCCUUAUCUCAAUGCAAAUUAGCUUUGAAGACUGAGAAAGCAGAGGGUAAAAUGUUGGGUCGAGAAAUCGGGUUAGAAUUCGCUGUGGAGAGAUUGCAAAGGAUACAUGCUGUGGAAGCUAUGCACAGGCUUCUAGAUGAUAAGGAGAAGUUUGACGGGUGGCAGGGUUUCCAUAAGUUUUCUGUGUCGACGGUGUGUAAGUUCCAGGCGAAAAUCGCAGAGGAGAAGAAAGAAAGGGAGGAGAAUCCACUCUCUGGGUUGAAGAAUGAAGAUUAUCGGGUGAGGGUGAUGAAAGGGAAGGCUGGGGAGAAGUACACUGUUUUUGAUCACGACAACCCCCGCUCGCGCCGGCUUAGAUCUGAAGAGGGUGAGGAGGCCAGUGGGUAUGCAGAUAUAGUGAGUGAUGCAGAGUGGAUAUAUGAGAAAAUGGUCAAGAAGAGGGAAAUGGAUCAGAGAUUGGAGAUGGAAAGGAUAAGGGAGAUCCAGGAAGAGGUGUUAACGUCGGAGCAACCAAACGAGUUUAUUGAGGCAGAGAAGUUGAAGGAAGAAGAGAGGUUGGAGGAGGAGAGGAGAAGGCUAAGAGGGAUGGAAGAAGGAAUGGGGGAUGAUGAGGAUGAGAUUGAGAUUGACUUUUUUCCUCCGAGUAUUGAGAACGAGUGCUAA